AUGCCGGCACAUUACAGUGAGCAGGGCUCGGGACCAGCGUUGAAUGCGGUGACGGACCGUAUACGCCGGGAGUACUUUGAGCCAUCUCGCAAGAGACUGCAAUCCACUCUUGAGUUGCUUCAAUCGUAUCAGUAUGUCUCGUUCCUUGCACCUUUUGUUGCACCGCUGGUGGGCCUUUUCGAGGUGCCUCUCGUGAGCGAUGUUCAGGUCGAAAAUUUGCACUAUAACUUCAGCACUCCCCAACCGAAUCUUUUGAAAGCCUCGACGGGCCGAACGAGCCCUGUGCAAUGGGCAGACAUCGCCCGUCUGCAUUCAUAUGACCCGGUCCCUCAAGAAGAUGGGAGCUAUCAUAUUCACAUUCCAGGAGACAAGGCGGUAGUAAAGCCGUCAAAAUUCGAUCAUGACAUGUUGAUCAGCACGAUUCCUCGCCAAAUGAUCGAUCCAAUGUCAUACGCAAGCGACGUGAGCGCAGAGAUCGAUGUCAUCCGGCUCGCCAUGGCUCAGUUAGCACUGUGGAAAGAUCUAGCGUCCCAAUAUUUGUUCUUACUCCACCGUGGACUUUUACUGGAUAAACCGAGCUGA